AAAGUAGGCAUCCGUCCCUUCCCUUCCCACAGAAAUAUCAAAAACAAUAAGUCUGAUGAGAAGCAGCAGCAGCAGCAGCAGCUUGUAAUGAAUCUCAUACCACGUCCGAUCGACUUCCUCUUGUUUUUCUUCAAACCAUCACUUCCAUCCCCACUGGAAAUCCAUUCUCCUCUUCCUAUUUAAAACUCUCUUUCUCCACCUUCCCAAUCGCAUGUCUCCUUUCUUCUUCUUCUUCUUCUUCUUCUUCUUCUUCUUCUUCUUCUUCUUCAUUCCAAUUUAAAUCAUGGAUUUGGAGAAACCUUUCCUCAGAGCCGCCAUUAAUCCUGCCCAAGAGAUCAUACACCAGUCCACCCACAGCCAAACCACCUCCGCUAGAUCCAGCUCUUCUCAAGCCUCCGACAUCGAAGCUGCCAUCACAAAUGGCCAGCUCCACCACGUUUCCUUCCAGACGCCAGAGAUUAAUACCGGUGCUGACGUUUCCGCCCAGAAGAAGCUCUCCUGGUUGCAGACUCAGAUUAUAGGGAGAGACGCCGAGUUCGAGUCCCCCUUCGGGCGCCGCCGCCUCACCUACGCCGAUCACACCGCCUCCGGCCGCUCCCUUCUCUAUAUCGAAAACUACAUCACCUCCAACGUCCUCCCUUUCUACGGGAACAGUCACACCAGUGACAGUUAUGUGGGUCACCGCACGACGAGAACAGUUCGUGAGGCGUCGGAGUAUGUGAAGAAAUGCAUGGGCGGCGGGGAAGACGAUGCACUGAUAUUUUGUGGGUCGGGCUCUACAGCCGCCAUUAAAAGGCUCCAGGAGAUGAUGGGCAUCGCCAUCCCGUCUCUUCUGAGGGAGAGGGCGCUCGAGUGCCUAAGCAGCAAGGAGCGGUGGGUGGUUUUUCUUGGCCCUUACGAGCACCACUCCAACCUCCUCUCGUGGCGGAACAGCCUCGCCGAGGUGGUGGAGAUCGGCUUGGAUCACAAUGGCCUAAUAGACAUGGAAGCUCUAAGGCUCCAACUUGCCUCCUAUCAACACACCAAGAGGCCAAUGUUGGGUUCUUUCUCAGCUUGCAGCAACGUGACCGGCAUUGAAACCGAUACAAGAGCCCUUUCCCAUCUUCUCCACCAAUUUGGAGCCUUUGCUUGCUUUGAUUUUGCGGCAAGUGGGCCCUAUGUGAAGAUUGAGAUGAGGUCAGGCGAGACGGACGGCUACGAUGCUGUUUUCCUGAGCCCCCACAAGUUCGCCGGCGGCCCGGGCUCGCCGGGCGUCCUUCUGAUGAGCAAGGCGCUGUAUCAGCUCCGAUCUUCCCCUCCAUCGACUUGUGGAGGUGGGACUGUUAACUUUGUCAAUGGCUUCAACGAGAAGGACACGCUAUAUGUGGACGACAUAGAAGAGCGGGAAGACGCCGGCACACCGCCAAUCGUCCAGAAAGUGAGAGCCGCAAUGGCGUUCUGGGUCAAAGAGUAUAUCGGUCAUCAAGUGAUAGAGAAACAAGAGCAGAUGUACAUCGAGAAGGCGUUGCAGAGGCUUCUUCCAAACAACAACAUAUGGAUUCUGGGCAGCACAAGCGCCAAGAGACAGGCCAUCCUGUCUUUCCUGAUUCACUCCACGGCGUACUCUCCGUUGUUUCCAGAGGCGAGCUCCGGCGACGGGGCGAAUGGGGUAAGAGAACUGUACAUGUGGUCGGAGACGGGGAACUGGCGAGACAAGCCCCUCCACGGCCCUUUCGUCGCAAAGCUCCUCAACGAUCUGUUUGGGGUCCAGGCUCGGGGAGGGUGUGCUUGUGCGGGGCCUUACGGCCACAGCUUGCUGAAUGUCGAUGAAACCAAGUCGCUUGCCUUCCGGUCUGCCAUCCAAAUGGGUUACAAUGGAGUGAAGCCUGGAUGGACGAGGGUCAGCUUUCCUUACUACAUGAAGAAGGAAGAGUUCGAGUUCAUCUUAGCAGCAAUCGAAUUCAUCGCCAUUUAUGGGCAGAGGUUCCUCCCGUUGUAUCGCUUCAACUGGAGAACUGGGGCCUGGACGUUCAAGAAGGCGGCGCUGAAAGAGACACUGCAGGCUCUGAACGAGUGCCCUGGACCGAAACCCCAUGACGACGACAAGACAGAAGAUGAGAAUGCCGGGAUCGUCAGCAAGUACGCCUCUUAUCUGAAGACUGCAAAGCGCAUAGCCAGCCUGCUCCCGAUAUUCCCACCUCCAGGAAGAGUUCCAGAGGACAUAGACGCUGAUCUUGUUCCCUUCAGGAUCUAGUUUUGGGUGAAAAAUAUUGAAUUCAUUAAAUACCACACUUCAUUUAUUCUUUUCCAAAGAUAGAUACCAAGAAUACUACACUACUGGAAAAUAAUAAAUACACAAUAAGACUACACACUCUCUCUA